GAUCCCGCUGCUAAGUGCUAGCAACUGAUAUUUAUUAAAGUUUGUGUCCCUGGCUGCCAUUUGCACGUCAGGGGGGUGGAGAUCAGCUCCAGAAUAGUUCUACGACCGACCAGGGGCGCUGUUGGGACUUUUUAAGGCUUUAGUUGAGUACAAUUGACAGGCUUUCUUUAUAAACUUCGUCUAAUUUAGCCAAACCGCAAAUAUGUGAGAGUUAAACACGCAGGAGACGUGGACAAAGAGGAACUACAUAAUCGACCAGCUAUAGGUGCUCAAAAUGGCUCAACAGCUAAACAAUGAAGAAGGGACCACAUUAAUUCCUCCACAAAAAGCUGCUGGAGAGACAAGAAGUUCAAUGAUAUCUGCGUCUUUUAAUUUUAUCAAUUCCAUUAUAGGAUCUGGAAUAAUAGGUUUACCAUAUGCAUUGAACCAGGCAGGGCUUCCCCUUGGCCUUUUGCUGUUGGUAGUUGUUGCAUUCAUCACAGACUACUCAAUCAUCUUACUAAUUAAAGGAGGCAACCUGUCAGGGACAAACAGUUAUCAGUCACUGGUGCAAAGCACGUUUGGGUUCCCUGGAUUUCUGAUUUUAUCUGGACUGCAAUUCCUUUAUCCUUUCAUUGCUAUGAUCAGCUACAAUAUCACAACUGGUGACACAUUGACCAAAGUAUUUCAGAGAAUACCAGGAGUUGGUCCAGAUCACAUACUUGCAGAGCGUCAUUUUGUGGUCUUGCUAUCGACCGUUGCAUUCACACUGCCUCUAUCACUUUACCGAAACAUAGAGAAACUUGGGAAGGUGUCCUUCCUGUCAAUGGUGCUGACAUUUACCAUCCUCAUCAUUGUAAUCAUCAGAGCAGCUACCUUUGGACCCCAAAUCCCCCCUACAGAGAAUGCAUGGGCAUUUGCAAAGUGGAAUGCAAUUCAGGCAGUUGGAGUGAUGUCAUUCGCCUUUAUAUGCCACCACAACAGCUUUCUUAUCUAUGGUUCUCUGGAGCAGCCCACGCUAGCUAACUGGACUCGGGUCACCCACGUGUCUGUUGGCUCUGCGCUAAUAAUCAGUGCUGCAUUUGCUGUUGCUGGCUAUACCACCUUUACUGGCUACACACAAGGAGACAUAUUUGAGAACUACUGCAGAAAUGAUAACCUGGCAACAUUUGGUCGCUUCUGUUUUGGCCUCAGCAUAAUAACCACAUUUCCACUGGAGUGUUUUGUUACACGAGAGGUGCUAUCCAAUGUCAUUUGCAGUAGGGAUCUUACAAAAGCUGAACAUGUGGCCAUAACAUUUCUUAUAGUUUCAGUUUGCACAUCAAUAUCUUUGGCCUAUGACUGUCUGGGAGUUGUUUUAGAGCUGAAUGGUGUUCUGAGCGCUACACCUCUGAUCUUCAUCAUUCCAUCUGCGUGCUUCCUCAAACUCUCCCCUGGCCGCUGGUUCCAGGGUGAAAACUUGAUACCCACCAUCCUGAUAUUAAUCGGCUUGUUUGUCAUGAUCACCGGUUUGACCAUGAUUGGCCUCUACCCACAAGACUGUUCACACGGUGUGGAGAUGUACUACUGUGAAGGCGCCAAUAACUCUGACACUGUACUACCUGUGUGAAAUUAACCAAAUAUUUAAUUGUUUUAAACUUUUUGUAACAACACUUACAGGGCAGAAUAUACUGUA